AUGAGAACCAUCCAGAUGCUGACCGCGGCUUUUGCCGCUUCCACGAUAACAGCUGCAUCCGCAGACCACACCCACGACAAGAAGCAUAAAGAACCCACGCCUGUAGCACCGCCAGGACCUGUUCAAGAGGGAGCCCCCGUCGAUAGAUGUUAUGCUUGGAUUCUAGCCGCGCCAGGAGAUACCUGUUAUGCUAUUGAGGGCAAGGUCGGCCUUCCCCAUGGUCUGCUACGAGGCUACAAUACCCAGUUACAUGGGGACUGUGACAGCAAUCUCUGGGCCGGCUACUAUUACUGCUGGGGUCUCACUGGAAGCGGCCCGGGUAUGACGCACGUAGACCUGCCGCAUCACAAGCAGAAACACGACUGCAAGGGCAUCCUACAUGAUGAUUGUGCGUCGGCCGUCUUUGCGGGCAAGGAGACGCCCAAGCCCAUGGUAGACUGGUGUAAGCGGUAUCUCGGUGGGCCUGCGUGCACGGAAACACGACCGGAAGGCAUCUUUAGCUCGUACGACGGGUUCCCGAAGAAAGCUAUGGCUUCGAGUCUAUGUGCGACUCCAAGUGCACCCGCGAUGGCACCGAGGUUCAGCAAGGCUUGUCAAUGUUUUACGCAGAUGCAUCCUCACCCUACGGGAUGA